AUGUUGUGGAUAGAUAAAUAUAAACCAACAUCGUUGGAUCAAAUGGAUUAUCAUAAAGAUAUAUCAGAGAAUCUAAAGAAUAUGAUAUUAGGUGGUGAUUUUCCACAUUUGCUCGUAUAUGGACCUUCGGGUGCUGGUAAGAAGACAAGAGUGAUGGCUACUUUGAAAGAGAUUUACGGUGCCAACUGUCUAAAAGUAAAGAUUGAAAACAAAACAUUCAAACACCCAUCGUCUAGCAAGAGUAUACAGGUUACAACAGUUAGUUCACCCUAUCACAUAGAGAUCAACCCUGGCGAAGCAGGCUCAUACGACCGUCUUGUCAUUCAGAGUAUCAUCAAAGACAUUGCACAGUCACCACCAAUCGAUUCACAAUCUUUUGUUGUAAUAUUGAAUGAAGUUGACAAGUUGUCAAAGGAUGCACAACAUGCACUCAGAAGAACAAUGGAGAAGUAUGCCAACUUUUGUCGUUUGAUUCUAUGUUGCGAUAGCACUUCAAAGGUAAUCGAUCCAAUUAGAUCGAGAUGUAUGGGUAUUCGUGUACCGGCACCAACCAAAGAAGAGAUUGUCAAGGUGUUGCAAAACGUUGCAAAGAAGGAGCGUUUCGAUUUGUCUGCCGAGGUUGCCGGUCACUUUGCUGAGAGAUCCAACGGUAAUCUGAGAUAUGCUCUUCUACUACUCGAAUCAAAGAAGACCAAAGAGUAUCCCUUCCAAACGAACGAACUUCCGCUACUCGACUGGGAGAGCGCCAUCUUCAACGUCGCCAACGACAUGAUCACAGAGCAGAGUCCUGCACGUCUACAAGUGAUUCGUGGUAAACUCUACGAACUCAUCGGUCAUUGCAUCCCACCGGAUAUCAUCAUGAAGAAUCUUACAUUUGCAUUACUAGAGAGGAUCGAUACAACCAUUAAAUAUGAUAUUAUACAUUGGGCUGCUUUUUAUGAACAAAACCAAUAUUUCACUUGGAAGCAUUCAUUGCCAAGUUUAUGGCAAUCUUUAAAAAGUUCCAAAUGGAAUUUCAACCAUAACAUCACAUCAACCUAA